GAGAGAGGGUGUGCGUAUCUCAUCGUCCUCGGUCACCCACACGCUCGCUCGAAACCCCCAAAGCACGCUUCGAUAUCCUUGCGUUCGGUAAAGAGCGAGAUUGAGGAGAAUAAUAAUAUCUUUGGGAGUGUGUGCUUCUCCUUGGUAUGUGAAACUAGUUUGGUAAAAAAAAAUAAAAAAAUUAUCGGAUGUUUUUUAUAUAUUUUGUUUGUAAUUCGUGUGAAGUGAGUUUGAGAGAAAAAAAAAAAAAAAAGAUUUGGGAGGAGAGUCAUUUUUGGUGUCGGUUUGCCGAUCGAAGAGUGAUUUGUAAAUAAUAAUAUUAGUAAGAUUGAUAUUGAUAUUGAUAAAAGCAGUUAUAAUAAGAGAAGAAAAGAAGAAAAUAAAAUAAAGAGGAAAAUCAAAUUUGGAAAAGAACAACAGCUAAUCUAAUUUAGAAGAAAAGUUGCAGUGAUUUGAUUUGCCCUUGUGUUUAUUCUGUAAUAGAGAUAUAGAUAUAUAUAGAUAACCCCCCCACCCCCCACCCCACACCCACCCAAUUCCUUCGUUGUAAAUUUCAUGUUCGUUAAUCGGAUCAGUGAUGCACGGGAUAAAGUGAUUCGCCAAGGAAGUAUCGACUAUGUUUCGAAGAUGGUGAGCUUCGGAGACCCAAGAAUG